UUUAUAUGCCUAAACCACGCAUAAGCUGAAGGUGCUCGAAAUGCCCUUAUUUUCCCUAAAUAUUCCAAAUUCUGAAAAAAAAAAAACUAUGAAUCAGAAACUGGCAGAUAGUUUGUAGUUGCUCUCAAACACUCAUACUUUGAAUUUCGUUGCAGAUUAUUUAUGAUUUCACCACUGAAGGCAAAUACGCUUUGAAAGAGUUGAAAAGCACAGAUGCUAAAAGACUGGCUUCCCAACAUUCCGCAAAAGUUUUGCGGGAAGGUACUUGUUUUAUUCCUAAACCAAAGAUGAUAAUGGCAUCGAAUGAUCCAUCCAAACUAUAUACUCCUCAUUGCACUAUACUGCAUCGAUGCGGAGAUGAUGUGGGAUGCUGUUUACCGACACAGACGUGUGUUUCGUCAAAAAAUUCCACUGUUGAAUUGUUCUUUUUUGUGGAUUCCGUCGGAAGCCGGAGGCGAUCAAUUGAAAGACUGAGUUUCAUAAAUCACACUGAAUGUACAUGUAUGACUCGGAAAGAGUUCGAAGAUUGGAAGCCGUUACCCAUCUCUGGAACAUCUGGAACGCUGUCCAGCAUAGCAUGCAACUGCCCUUCGCUAUUUCAAAGGGUUAUUGACAACGACAACCGCUGCCAAUGUGAUUGCUCGUCAAGUGACACGCAAUGUGACCAAUUCAAACGAGGCCUGGAACACUUUUCAAUGGAAAGCAGGAAAUGUAUAAGAGACGGUCGUUGCAAUGAACCCAAAUGUGAAUACGGACAUUAUAAUGUAUCAAAAGGCAAAUGUCCAACCCGAGAGGACAGAUUGACAAUAGCGUAUAAGAGUUUUCCAUAGUAUAAUUAUGUUAGUCAAAAGCCAUAUAACGUGACAUUUGGAAGGAAUACAACGUUCCAAAUCUAGGGUAGUGUUAGAUGAUAUAGUAGGUUUAUUAUUGUUGUUUUUUUAUUAUUUCGUCAUAUAUUUUCCUCAUUAAAUAACUAUA